AUGAGUAAAUCGUUACGUACAAUUCGUGUUCGUCGAUGUCAAUUGGCAAGAAUAAAUAUCAAAAGUGGUGAUAUUGAAAAUGUUGUUGAAGUUGACCUUAGUGAAAAUCGCUUGGUGAAUUGGAGUGAAAUUUGCGAUUUAUUGCGAUAUGUUUCAUCUGUUCAAAUUCUUAAUUUAUCAGAAAAUUUUUUGGAAAAUGUGGAUCUUAAUUCGUGUUUUGCGAAGAAUUUGCGCUUGCUCAAUAUCACUUCAUUCAGUUCGGUAUCUAAAAUUCAUUCACUCGAUUUAUCAUUCAAUAUUUUGUCCAAUAUAUCGGUAAUAUGGCCGAAUUCUUUGAUUUCAUUGAAUUUAUCGAAUAAUCCUCUUCUUCACUCGAUUAAAUCGCUUUCUGCUCCGAAUUUGCAAUACUUAUAUGUAGAAAACACUGGCUUGAAACUUUUGCCGCCUAUUAUUGCUCAAAAGUUACAACAUUUGUCAAUCAGUAGUAGCGAAAUAGAAACACUGGAUUUCGAUAAUAUCUCUAUCCCUAAUUUAAAUGAGAUUGAUCUUAUUGCAAAUCGCAAACUUAGCUUCAUUCUUGGGAAAUUACCUAUGAACAUUCUUUCAUUUCGACUUAGUGAUUCAAUGAUUCAGUAUUUACCUUCAGAUUUCUUUAAGAGCUCAAAAAAGUUGCAAAAAGUGGACAUAUUGCAAAAUCCAUGGGAUUGUAAUAAAUGUCUUCUUUUGUGGACCAAUUUUUUGUCGUUAUCUGUGCGUCCUCAACUAAACUGUUCGGAAGAUGGUUCGGAAGAUGACUGCUUAUUAGGAAUUUCAAAUAAAACAGAAAUAAUUCGUGAUAAGAUCAAGCAAUCAGCUAUAUUACCUUGCAAAGCAUAUGGAAGCCCUUUACCUUUUAUCGAAUGGUGGUUGACUAGACCAAAAAGAUUGAUUGGCAGUUAUGAUUUUGCUAACAAAAAAAUCAAUCUACAUUGGUCUCGAAAUGAAUCAUAUCGUGUAAUUCCUGGUGGUUAUUUAGUUGUGCAGAAUGUACAACCAGAACUUGUUGAACGUUACGAAUGUAUUGCAAAAAAUAAAUAUGCAAGUUUUUUAUAUUUGUUAUUUGCUAUUGGUAAUGUCUCAGCAGUAAUUCGAUUUCGCCUAGAUUUGUCUGAAUGGUAUCAACUGGCCAUAUUUCGUUCAGUUUUUUGGGGAUCUGUUUUUGCUUCCAUAAUUCUAUGUACCACUAUACUAAUUUUAAAUAUACUUUGGAUUAUAAUACGAAAAACUGGACUAUGGUGGAUCAAAAGAAGUGGUAAACACUAUUUUGAUGAAAGGAUAAAUCGAGUAAGUCGAAUGGUUGAAGCUCUCGAAAAGUAUAGGCAACGACAAAUGGCAAAUUUACACGAAAGCUAUCAGAAAAAGAUCGGUCUUUUGCGAGAAAAUUAUCAUCAACAGGUUGAACUAUUGCGUACAUCAUAUGCAAAUCAGGUAGGACGUUUUCGUGAUUAUCGUGCCGCUCAAAUUGAAAAUGUUAACCAGCAUAUUGAAAGUAUUCGCGAUAAUUAUAAUCAACAAAAAAUUCGACUUCGAGAAUAUGGUUCACGUCGUGCGGAACAAUUAUGGGAAAGCUAUGAGCGACAGGUAAAUCGAAUACGUACAUUCUCGUUGCAACAGCGAUUACGUCUGAUGAGAACCUAUAAAGUUAAACAACGUUAUUUGAACAAACUUUUUGAAAAGUUUAAUGAAGAUCCACAGUCCACUGCUUAUAUUAAAACGUUGGAACUUGAAGCAGAUGCCUCUGUUCGUCGAUCGCCAUCUUAUUAUUCAUUACCCGACUGUUAUUUGCUAUCUGAUGAUCGUGGUGGCUCUAUAAUUGGUGACGUAGUUUGCCAUCGUUGUGCUGGAAAUCGCAGGCCAUCUAGUCAUAAUAUCUUGGAUGAUGGACCGUCGACUUCACAGCAGGUGCAUCGUAGAGAAGUGAGAUAA